AUACUAUAAAGGCAACAGCUGGCUCCGGGCACUUCCUCCUAGGUCAGCCAGCAAGUGGAGCCAGAUCUGCUAAGCAGGAGCCUUCACCAUGGAGCAGCUGAGUUCAGCCAACAGCCUAUUCGCCUUGGAGCUGUUCCAUACCCUGAACGAGAGCAACCCCACAGGAAAUGUCUUCUUCUCUCCCUUCAGCAUUUCUUCUGCCUUGGCCAUGGUCUUCCUGGGGGCCAAAGGUAGCACUGCAGCCCAGCUCUCUAAGACAUUUCAUUUCGACUCUGUGGAGGACGUCCAUUCACGCUUUCAAAGCCUGAAUGCUGAAGUGAGCAAGCGUGGAGCAUCUCACACUCUGAAACUUGCUAACAGACUCUAUGGAGAGAAAACCUACAAUUUCCUCCCUGACUUCUUGGCUUCAACCCAGAAAAUGUAUGGUGCUGACUUGGCCCCUGUGGAUUUUCAGCAUGCCUCUGAGGAUGCAAGGAAGGAGAUAAACCAGUGGGUCAAAGGUCAAACAGAAGGUAAAAUCCCAGAACUGUUGGCCGUGGGUGUGGUGGACAGCAUGACCAAACUUGUGCUAGUGAAUGCCAUCUACUUCAAGGGAAUGUGGGCGGAGAAAUUCAUGACACGAGACACAACAGAUGCUCCAUUCCGACUGAACAAGAAAGAUACAAAAACAGUGAAGAUGAUGUAUCAAAAGAAAAAAUUUCCAUUUGGCUACAUUCCGGACCUGAAGUGCAAGGUGCUGGAGAUGCCUUACCAGGGUGGCGAACUUAGCAUGGUCAUCCUACUGCCUGAAAACAUUGAGGACGAGUCCACAGGUCUUAAGAAGAUUGAGGAGCAAAUAACUUUGGAAAAACUGCAUGAAUGGACCAAACGUGAGAACUUGGAAAACAUUGAUGUCCAUGUCAAAUUGCCCCGGUUCAAGAUAGAAGAGAGCUACAUCCUCAACUCUAACCUGGGUCGACUGGGAUUACAUGAUCUCUUUAGCAGAGGCAAGGCUGAUCUGUCUGGCAUGUCAGGAUCCAGAGAUCUUUUCAUAUCAAAAAUUGUCCACAAGUCCUUUGUGGAAGUGAAUGAGGAGGGAACAGAGGCAGCUGCUGCCACAGCAGGCAUUGUUGCAUUCUGUAUGUUGAUGCCUGAGGAAGAAUUCACAGUGGACCAUCCAUUCAUUUUCUUUAUUCGGCACAACCCCACUGCUAAUGUGCUCUUCCUUGGCAGGGUUUGUUCCCCAUAGAAGAAGGCAACUUUAGAGAUACAAGGCAGAGCUUAGAGUUUCAUUCCCUGAGAUUUUAAUAGUGAUUACUUUCAUUUGUACUCGACAAUAAAACCUCUACCAGAAACCAAUCUUUCUUUCUUUUGUAUGUUCAACCCUGUUGGCUUUUUAAUUCAUGUCUUUUGGCAUGUGUAUGCCUAUUUUGAUUAUACAAUGAAAAAAAUCCAGUUGUCACUGUUGACAGCAACAAGUCUAAAACCAAAGGAAUAAAAUAGAUGUAUAGAUUCUUGACCAUGAGGUAACCUACAGAAUCGAUACACUCUCAAACAGGUAAAAGUAAGUUGUUUCUCAGUCUAAUAUUAGAGUAAGGCAAAAAUGAAGAGAUUAAAAACAACAAGUAAUAAAGCAUUAAAAAAAUUAAUGAAUCCAAAA